CGUAGCGCAGUAGCAGCGGCCGCAACAUCUGCCCGCCUCUCCAGCGACAUGGACCUGCAGAUGGCGCUGCCCCGGGCACUCCUGCUCCUCCUGUUCUUGCACCUGUCGCCGCUGGGAGGUCGUUCCUACCCACUGGGCGGCCUCGGCCCCGCCUCGGAACAGUCCGGAAUACAGGAGCUGCUGGAUCGUCUGGGAGACUCCGUCUUGGAGCCGCAGGCAGAGCGGAUGACCCUGGAGCCCCUCCACCAGGACCGUGGCCCCGCAGAAGCCUCGGAGACCCGGGGGGCAGCCCCUACAGGUGUCCUUGGGCCCCGCACGAAGGUCCUCCAGGCCCUGCGGGGACUACGCAGCCCCAAGAUGAUGCGCAACUCGGGCUGCUUCGGGCGGAGGCUAGACCGGAUCGGCUCCUUCAGCGGCCUGGGCUGCAAUGCGCUGCUGAGCACACCCCCGGCCCUCGUGGCUUCAGUGCACACCAGCCCCACUUCCACCCAGCAGCACCACACUUUCCUGCCCGAGGACUCUCUCUGGCAGCUGGAGCCCAGUUGGCUCCCUUCGGGGCAGAGCCUCACCACUCACGCCGACAUUGGCGCCACCUUCCUGACUGGCCUUCCCGCGCCAGCCUCCCUGACCCUGUUCUUCCUGCGUCAGAGAGGGCAAGGUGUGGUGGUGGACACUCAGUGGGCAGCCUCUGAGACGGCCUCCAGUGAUCCCCAUCUCCUGGUACUCAUGCCCUUGGGCUAUCCCCGCCCUCUGGCUGUGGGCUGGACCCAGUGA